CUUGUAUGUAAUACACCAACAUAUAAACGUUGAAUUUGCUUCUAUACUUUCUAGCAAACAUGGAACCAUUUUUGCGGGAACGUGGUGACUAGGUCAAGAUGUAAUUAACAUGAUGAUCGCAGACAAGAUUGAUUGUGAUAUUCUGACGCAGAUGACUGAUGAACAACUCAAGCAUUAUAUACCAGCGUACGGUGAUCGCAUUGCAGUAAUGGUUUUGCAUCCAGCCAGGUCCAAAUGACAAAGAAAUCAACAGACUCAGAGCCAGGUAGUUCAUUCCAAAACAUUGCCAUAAGAGGCAGGAAAAGGACUUUGGGUAAUAUAAACGCUGCAAAGGCGACCUGGAGAUUAGAGAUGGGCUUGCUACACCAACAUGCUGAUGGACAAAGUUAUAAACAAGUGAGAUUCCGGUCUGGUGGUGGAACAAGGAAUCUAAAUGUCUUGAAGAUAUGUACAAUUAAAGACAUCCUAACGAUUGCUGUUGAUACAUUUUUUCCGGAUGAAAAUUCAAAACUUGGACCCUUGUCUGCCAUGGAGGCCGAAAUUAGAGACUUCAAAGGGGAUACUCUAGACUACAGUAAAAAAGUAGAAACUGUAUACAAUGAAGCAAAAAUGAAAUUGCUCAGAUUAUACUUACUGGGAUCCUACAUAGAUUGA